UCCGGUGGUGCCUCAACUCGGAUUCCCAGAUUAAGCCUGAUCAAGAUGACAACCUCCCAAAAGCACCGAGACUUCGUGGCAGAGCCCAUGGGGGAAAAGCCAGUGGGAAGCCUGGCCGGCAUUGGCGAAGUCCUGGGCAAGAAGCUGGAGGAGAGGGGCUUUGACAAGGCCUAUGUGGUCCUUGGUCAGUUUCUGGUGCUAAAGAAAGAUGAAGAUCUUUUCCGGGAAUGGCUGAAGGACACGUGCGGCGCCAACGCCAAGCAGUCGCGGGACUGCUUCGGGUGCCUUCGAGAGUGGUGCGACGCGUUCUUGUGAUGCUCUCUGGGGAGCCCCCGACCCCGAGCCCCAGCACUGAGUCUCCAGAGUUUGCAGCCAAGUGAGGACUCCUCCCCGGUCCUCUGCAAAGGAAAAGAUUGCUGUUGUUGUGCGCACCUCCCAUGUACUCCAGGGUCUUUGGGGAGUUCUCUCCCCUCACCAUUUCAACUUUUUUGGAGUUCUUAUCCUUGCAUGCAUCCCCCUUCUCCUUUCCCUGCCAGUUUCGUGACAGCAGCUACCAGCUUUUCUGAGUGAUUCCUGGCCCUGGCCCCGCCCCCCUGCCCCCACCUCUGGUCUGUUUUAUGCCAUUUGGCCCUCUUUGUGGCAGAACAGUCACUGUCCUUGUAAAGUUUUUUAAAUCAAUAAAGUCAGUGGCCUUCA